GUGUAUAGCACCCUAGACCACGAUCUUAUAAAUUUCAGUAUAUAUAAAUACCAUAUCAGAGAAGUCAAAACAGAGACAGUAAAACGCUGUGGAAAAACGACUUAAAACCGUCAUGAAAAUGAGACAUACAGUAUUACUUGUUUUGGUGUGCUGUGUCAUUAACGUUUCCUAUAGCCGAAAGUUGCCUGGAUUACCUAAUCAGUCAGGGGAAGAUCAAAGACCUCCUAUGAAUGAUCAACAAAGCCAGAAAGCACAUAAAUCACACAGACAAUCAGUGGAAGCGAACAAGCCUCCACCAAACGAUGAAGAAAACCAGGAACUACCCAGUCAGUCAAAGGAAGAGAAAAGACCUCCGACAAACGACGAAGAGAACCAGGAAUUACCCAGUCAGUCAAAGGAAGAGAAAAGACCUCCGACAAACGAUGAUCAGAGCCCAAUAGAACAUGGACCACCCAAUAGAAAGGACGAAAAAAACAGGCCUGCAAGAAAGUAUAGGGAAGACAGUAAAGAACCGGGAUCACUCGAUCGUUCAGAUGGUGACAAAACUGCGUCGCGUAAAAAUAAAGCGAAAGGGAAAGGUCGUCGUCCAGGGAGAAAGCCAGACAACACCAAACGUAUCAAUUCAAACUGGGAAAAGAAAAUGUUCCAACAGAUAUGAAAAAUGAAAACAAACCACUUUAAAAUGAACAAUCAAACAUCAGCCUUGAAUUUUUAUGUGUGGAACUUUUUAAAUUUAAAUUGACUCUCUCCAAUGCUUUCAAAUUUUUCUAUCCCCUCUGAACA